CAUGUUGUCGUUCGCUGUUUGUUUGAGGCGAAGGCCGUGUUCAUAAUCCUGGAGCAAUUGUGGAUUUACUGACUAAAAGAAAACCAACAGCUUGGCUUUUUCAUUGCUUACCGUCGUUUACUGUCGGGGUCAAGUCUUUUUUGAAGUUAUUUUUGCGUCUGCACUGUGAGUUAAGCCGUCCGCUAGCCACUUAGCACUGAAAGCUAACGUGGGCCAGCUCACGUUAAGUUAUUUUUAUUUCACUUAAUCCUAUCUAAAAGAGACUGUGUGAGUACGUUUGAGCGUGUUUUUUUUUAGCUAGUACAGUUGCAACUAGCCCGAGAGACACAAUGGGUUCCUCCAAGAAGCAUAAGGAAAAGAGCCGUGACAAGGACACCGAGGAGCGCCGCCGUGAACACAAGAAACAUCGCCACAAGGACCGAGAGAGAGACAGAGAAGCUUCAGACCGGGAUGGGACUCGGGGUAAAGAGAAACGAAAACGCUCCGGGUCCAGGGAAAGAAGUGGGCGAGAUAGCCGCAGCAAAGGCGAAAGGAGCAGCGGGGAGCCACGGGUGAAGAAGGAGAAAGUUGAUCUUGCAUAUGAGGAAAGUAAUACUACAGAAGUGGAGCCUCAGUCUGCAAGCGGAGAUGUGUCGCUCAGCAUUGAGGAGACCAACAAACUCAGAGCCAAACUGGGUCUGAAACCCCUGGAGUUAAAUCAGACCAAAAAGGAGCUUGGCACCAAAGAGGACCCUGUUGUGGCUGAGACUAUCAACCCAGUUCUUAUCAAGAAGCAGAAAGAUAUGAAGGAGAAGCUGGCAGCUUUGAAAGAGAAACGCAUCCAAAACCAGAAAUUGGGAAAAGUCAAGUCCCUAGCAGAUGACGACUGGCUGGAUGACACUGCCGCUUGGGUGGAAAAAAGCCGGAAGUUGGCCAAAGAAAAAGAAAUGGCAGAGAAAAGAGCCAAACUUCUGCAAGAGAUGGAUGAGGAGUUCGGUGUCAGCAGUCUGGUCGAGGAGGAGUUCGGACAAAGCAAGAGGGAAGCCUAUACAUCUGGAGAUCUGAAAGGACUCAAAGUGCAGCACAAGGUGGAAUCCUUUAAUGAGGGCCAGACUGUCAUCCUGACACUGGAAGACAAAGGAGUGCUCGCAGAGGAGGAAGACGUUCUCAUAAAUGUGGGACUGGUUGACAAGGAAAAGGCCGAAAAGAAUGUGGAGUUAAAAAAGAAAAAGCCAGAGUACAAGCCCUAUGAAGAAGAGGAGAGUGUGGACGACAUGGUUACGUUUAAGUCCCACUCUGUGCUGUCAAAGUAUGAUGAGGAGAUUGAUGGCGAAAAGAAAAAGAGCUUCCGACUGAAUACAGGGGGCUUUGCUGAUGGAGAGCGAGAGCGGGAGCUCCAGGCCAUAAAAGAAGCUCUACGAAAUCAGGCCCAGUCCUUGGAAAUGCCCUCUCUCCAGAUCGCGUCUGAGUACUACACACCUCAGGAAAUGGUCGGCUUUAAAAAAACAAAACGCCGUGUGAAGAAGAUAAGAAAGAAGGAGAAGCAGAUAAAUGCAGCUGAUGAACUCCUCGAUGACACUCGGUGUACUGAUUUCGGCUCCAGGUCACGUGGCAGAGGCCGCAAACAGGUGGAAGACGACAUUGAGGAAGUCAAGGAAGAGGAAAGCGUAGUGCCAAAUGUUGUCCCCCAAAUGUCUGAUGACAUCAGGAUGGCUGAAAUGGACAUAAGUGAUGACGAAGACUUCACACUUCCUGAGUCUGCUGCGAUUGAGGAGGACGAGGCAGAGCAGGAGCUGCAGAAACAACUGGAGAAGCAGAGGAAGCUAAAGCAAAAGCAGCUUCUCAAAGACUCUGGGGAGAAGGUGGCAGAGCAGAUUAAAGUUCUUAGUAAAGAGGACCAAGACAAUGAUCCUGAGAAGAAGAACAACAUUGUUUUCAACGCCACCUCUGAGUUUUGCAGAACUCUGGGUGACAUUCCAACAUACGGCCUGUCAGGCAACAGAGAGGACCAAGAGGACAUUAUGGAUUUUGAACAAGAGGAAGAGAAAGAUGAUGCUGGAAAUUCAGACUCGGAUAUGGAUGAGAAUGUCGGAUGGAGCAUGGUUAACUUGGAUGAAGAGCAGAAACAACCAGAUUUCUCCACAGCCUCUGCCACCAUUUUGGAUGAAGAGCCCAUUGUCAACUCUGGGCUUGCUGCUGCCUUGCUGUUGUGCAAAAACAAAGGUCUUUUGGACACUCAAAUGCAAAAGGUUGCCCGUGUCAGAGCACCAAAGGGUGCCCUGCCCAAUGACAACUACUGCAUCGAGGACAAGAUGGGCUUUGAUGACAAGUACAGUCGCAGAGAAGAAUACAGAGGCUUCACCCAAGAUUUCAAGGAGAAGGAUAGCUAUAAACCUGACGUCAAAAUUGAGUAUGUGGAUGAGUCUGGGCGGAAACUGACCCCAAAAGAAGCUUUCAGGCAGCUUUCACAUCGCUUCCAUGGAAAAGGCUCUGGAAAGAUGAAAACAGAGAGGAGGAUGAAAAAGCUUGAGGAGGAGGCACUGCUGAAGAAGAUGAGCAGCAGCGAUACUCCUCUAGGGACGGUGGCUCUGCUUCAAGAGAAACAGAAAUCCCAGAAAACACCAUACAUUGUGCUUAGUGGGAGUGGGAAAAGUAUGAAUGCCAACACCAUUACUAAAUAAGUUUUGGGGGAGAGAGAAUUAUCUUAAACACAAAAAUAUACAUGCACAGAUACACAGAGAGAGACACACACACACACACAUUUACAGGCUGUUUUAAGUGUAAAAAGUACCUGCUACAAUUGAAUGCAUAAAUCAUACAAGUAUCAUUGUUGUAUUAAAGAACUGUUCAAUAAAUUGAGUUCAAAUU